CCCCAACUGUCGCGUUUCUGAUAUUUCCCCGUUUCAAAGCUAAAGAAAAAUUAUAUGGUAUCCCAAAACCCGAAUUCGGCUGACGGAUUUUACCUUGAUCCGACUGGAAUGGCUUUCCCCGGUCUCGGUACCUUAGAUGCCACAGCUACGGCGGCCUCCACUGCUUCAUCUUCCGACGAUUCCAAUAAGAAAAUCAGAAAGCCCUACACCAUAACCAAGUCUAGAGAGAGCUGGACUGAACCUGAACACGACAAGUUCCUCGAAGCUCUCCAACUCUUUGAUCGUGACUGGAAAAAGAUUGAAGCAUUUAUCGGUUCAAAGACUGUUAUUCAGAUUCGUAGUCAUGCCCAGAAGUACUUUCUAAAGGUUCAGAAAAAUGGAACAAGUGAACACCUUCCUCCACCCCGACCUAAAAGAAAAGCAGCUCAUCCAUAUCCUCAGAAAGCCUCGAAAACUACUCAUGGAAACCCACAACUAUCAGGCUCUUUACAGUCGUCAACUGCUUUACUUGACACUGGAUAUGCUCUGACAUCUGAUCCCUCGGCGAUGCUUAUGGACCCUAUUACCAGUGCUGCUGCAUCUUCAUGGACAAGCAAAGAACAAACGAUCAGUUUGUCACAAGCUAAAAAUGGUUUAGGGUUAGCCAAUAACUCUUGUAGUAGUACUGAGGAUACCCCGAAGACGAGACAAAUUGAGGAAAUAGCUGCUCAGAGAAAUCACAGUCAUGCACUAAGAGUGUUACCUGACUUUGUUCAAGUAUACAGUUUCAUUGGCAGUGUCUUUGAUCCAAAAGCUACUGGUCAUCUGCAGAAACUUAAAAAGAUGGAUCCUAUUGAUGUUGAAACUAUUUUGCUGUUGAUGAGGAACCUCUCCAUCAAUUUGGCAAGUCCUGAUUUUGAGGAUCACAGACGGUUGCUUUCAUCGUAUGAGAUAUCCACAGAUAGCCUUGAUGAGGACCGAUCACAAAGUAUGACUUAAGAUUGGAGGCCAAAAGGGGUAGAUUACCAGGAUGAUGUGUGUUAGUAUAUACAGUGUUGGUAGGAUCAGCGGCUUCGAAAUAUGCAAAUAAAUUUCCUGAUUCUGCUGUCAUAUU